UGCUGAUGGGUGACUGUGCGCAGGCAGUUGUAGUAAAAUCCACCUUACGGUAGUGCUUGUGUUUUUGCUGUUGUAACUAGUAGUGUCUCAGCAUUCUUCCUGCUAGUGCCUCAAGAUACAUCGGCUACUCCUACUCCUAGAUCACGAUAAUGGCGGAAUUCCAAGAGUCAACGGUACAAACUGUACAAAAAGAACAACAGGAGUCAACCCCACUACGCGCACCAGUAGCAGCAGAAACAGCACCAGAAACAGCAACAGCAGCAGCACCAGAAACAGCAGCAACGCUACCAGUAGAAGCACGAGCAAUAGCAGCAGCAGAGGCAAAUGGACAGUGCCAGGGAGAUGUGCUUGAAGUGCACGGUUUAAUUACGAGUGUGAAUGAGCUCUCUAUAAGUCGCCCCGCCGAAGGGUCAUUGCCACUAGUCGAAGGGUCAUUGCCACUAGUCGAAGGACGCGAAGGACAAACGCCUGCUGCAGCUCAAGCCGAUGGCACAGUCGAAACGAUCGGCGCACCUGCACAAGGUGAAGGUGGUGAUCAGAGUCAUACCUACGUCGAAGGAAAGGUUAAAUGGUUCAACAGCGUCCGUGGGUACGGGUUCAUCACCCGCAAUGAUAACCAAGAGGAUGUAUUUGUUCACCAAAUGCAGAUCCAGAGACAAGGCUAUAGGUCCUUAGGUGAAGGCGAAGGCGUCCGUAUGAAGGUGAAACAUGCGGACAGGGGACAAGAGGCGACUUUCGUGCAGGGUCUGAAUGGUGAGGACGUGGUAGGUAGCAUGCGUUCCAGGACUAGGCGCCGUAACAACAAGUGUUAUAACUGUGGCAACGUCGGGCAUAUCGCCAAGGAUUGUGCGCAGCCGGCAAUCCCAAAGAAAUGCCACAUUUGCUUUGCUCCUGACCACCUGAAAGCGUACUGCCCGCAACGUCAGCCGCAGCAUUACAACGCUUAUGGCUUUCACAUGGCUCAGCAGCAGCAGCACCAGCAACAGCACCAACAUAGCCAUCCAGGCAUGUUGAACUCAAUGUAUUACGGGGCACUUCUCUCGGAUCCAGCAGCAGCAGCGAUGGUGUUAGGAGCGCGACAUCAUCCAUCUAUGAUGGAACCGGCCAACAGUAGCUCCAGGGGGCUAGGCUUGUCCCAUCAGUACAGUGCUCAGAACGUUGUAGCAGGUGCAGGUGCAGGCAUUCAACACCACCAAUUCCCGCUGGUCCAACAACCGCAGCAACUUCUUAACUCUCCGACUGCACACCAUCAGUCAGUGCUUGGCCAGCAUGUUGACCCUGCUGCAUUUACCACUGCUGGGCACGCGCUGGCGGAUACUGCUGCCAUCCAACAAGCAGGUGGUGCCUUUACCUACCGCCCGGGCUUCAGCCAUCUGAAUGCCCACCAUACAGCUAGAGAGCAGCAGCAGCAGCAGCAGCAGCAGCAACAAGUGGUCACUGUACCUUAUCAGCAGGGAGGUGUUCCACAGUAUCAGCAGCGAGUCACUGCCACCUAUCAGCAGGUGCCCAUGGUUGCAUCCACCAGCCGGUUCUCGCAGCCACAGGUGAGUGUGGUUGAAAGCGCCGCAGUUGCCUUGCCGCGCCCAGUAUCCGGUGCUAUUGCUGGUAAUGGAGCUGACCAGCCCAUCUCAGUGCAACCUCAGCCUUAUUGGGCUAUGCACUGACCAACCCAUCUCAGUGCAGCCUCAGCCUUAUUGGCCAAUGGCAGUGGCCCAGCCGUAAACUGUUCAGUUCUAGUCUGGUGAACCCUGUAAAUAAUGUACAUAGUCUAGACGAGACCGAACAAGAUUGUUUUUACUGCUACUACUACUAGUACUACGCAUGCACGUGUGCACACACCCCCCUCCCCCCGUACAAACAUUUUAAGUACUAGUGGUUUGUAAAUAGUCCAUUCUGAGUGCAUGCCCCCUGCUUCCCUAACAAGUCCGAAAGAAACUGUCUCUCGUCUCGGCAUCAGUCAGUUCCUCUUUUAGUCUUGGAAGCUUCUUGUGACGGCACCGUCCAGACCUGGUCUGACCAGGUCGAAACCGAACUAUUCAACUAUGGUUCUUAUCAACGACAGAGGGCUACCAUAUGUGCCAGGAAUCGAACACCAUAAUUAUUUUGCUGUUCAGAAACCUGCAUUUGUGCCCCUCGAUAUCAUUCUGCUCUUCCUCUGAUCUGUCAUCAUUAUCAUGAUCAUUGAAAUGCCCACCAUCAUCAUAAAAAGAACAAAAAAAAACUGUAGAACAAAUCAUCGUCAUGGUUCAAAAUAAACCCAACGUAUUCGUCAACAUCCUGAUCCACCUGUCCAUCAUGGUCCUGAUGCUAUACAGUCUUCGUCUCGCCAUUGUCCUCGGCAAAGAUUGCGAGCCCAGUGGCGGCUACUAUCAACAACGAAGCAUUGUGUAAAACAAAUCAUCCUGUGUUUCCACUGUUGGUAUGUUGCAUCACCAGUAGUAAUGUUUUUUGUUGGCUCAUAGAUAUCUCCGGAUUAUCCUAUACAUCACACCAACCUUACUGAAAUAACGUGACUCUAUUUUAAACUAUCCUCACAUGCCCAAUUGUCUAUUUCGUUCCAUCACCAUUAUGGUUUUCCGUUUUAGUUUCCACCAUGUCACGCGGUCGCUAAUGGGACCUAUGUCACAGUAUGUGUCUCCCACUGUUGUCUCGUGUGAUCAAUCCCAUCUGUCCUGUCGUGUGAUCAAUCCCAUUCUGUCCUGCACUGCUGCAGUGCUUCUUACCCUUGUUUCUGUGCUUUUAUCAGUUUCCGAUUCUAGUUCAAAAAAUUGCCCAGCUUGCUGGGCGUAAAGGCAA